UUAAAUAAAAGGUAGACAGUUGCUAAAAUAUAGUGUACAUUUUUGGUCGUGUUAGAAAAAUGGCUUUGAAACUCGUUUGCGUUCUUGUGCUAUUGGUAGCGAUGGUGAACGGAAAACCUCAGGGAUACAACCAAGGCCAGGGUUACGGACAAGGUAACCAGGGCCAGGGUUAUGGGCAAGGUAACCAAGGCUUUGGACCCGGCAAUCAAGGUUCUGGACCCGGUAACCAGGGCUUUGGACAAGGCAACCAAGGGUUUACACCCGGCAACCCGGGCUCUGGACACGGUAACCAGGGUUUUGGACAAGGAAACCAGGGUCAUGGACAAGGUAACCAGGGAUAUGGACAAGGCAACCAGGGAUAUGGACAAGGCAACCAGGGUCAUGGACACAGAGGUGGUUACCAGGAACACGGUUAUUAGAUAAUGUAUAAGAUGCGUGUAAUUGAUGCCAAUAUGCAAGAGUGAAUAUAAUAAAUGUAUUAAAUAAA